UACACGGCGAGGCAAAAUCGGGUUCUAUUUUAAUAUUUUUUUGUGGCCAAACGGAGGUUCCUACAUUUACAAAAUUUACGCCACGUGAAAGCCCAUACCUUGCAGAAUAUGAAAAUCGUUAAAAAAAAGUUAUUACUUUAGCCUCGAUGUUGUUUGCGAUUGUGUUUUUAUAUCCUUUUCAUCGAGUAACGAAGCACCUACUUAGGAAACCAUUUUGUGUAAUAUUCCGGAACAUGUAGGAUUUUAGUAAGUGUUUUUCGAACAAUAACAUAACUUAUGUCUAAAUUUUGUGUAGUGCAUCUAACAGGCGGGGAUAAAAUAAAAGAUUAAUAAAAACAAUCACUAAGUGAUGGAGUAAAUUUUACUAAGUAUAUAUGCAUUAAUAAGAAAAUACUAACAGAAUAAAAUGCCCCGUGGAAUUCGGCGCAAUGAAAGCCCUAGGGGGUAUAAAACUAUUUCGUCUAGUUCUACUCCUGAUAUGACCAUUGUAAAGUCUGAAAAAUCAGAAUUCACACCUAGUCCCCAUUUAUUGGACCAUGGGUAUGGAGCAACACCCAUCAAUCAGGUUAUGUCUUCUGCGAUUCCUUCACAAGCUCCAACCGUAAAAAGAAAACUAAAUUUAGAAUCGCAACAUUACGUACCUUCGGUUGUACCCAUUAAACAUGAAUUUAAGGCACCACAACCCAAAAGACCUAAAAGGCAAACACCAGUGAAGAAGAACACUAGGUAUGACACUUCACUGAGUUUGCUUACAAAAAAGUUCUCGGAUUUACUUGAAAAGUCUCCAAAUGGUGUAGUAGAUUUAAAUAAAGCUUCACAGGAGUUAAAAGUUCAAAAAAGAAGGAUAUAUGACAUAACAAAUGUUUUGGAAGGUAUAGGGAUUUUGGAAAAGAAAUCAAAAAACAAUAUUCAGUGGAAAGGGGGUAAUGGAGACAGCAGUAAUUUCCUGACUCUUACAAAGCAAUUGCAAAUGUUAGAUGAUCAAGAAAAUGCUCUCGACAGGAUGAUUAUUUCUGCUGAAAGUGAGUUACGUAAAUUAAACAAUGACCGGUACGGUUAUGUGACAUACCAAGAUUUACGCUCAAUAGAUAGGUUUCGGCAUAAAACUGUGAUGGCUAUCAAAGCUCCACCAAACACCCAGUUGUCUGUCCCAACGGGGGAGACUCAAGAGGACAAGUAUAGCAUUCAGAUGAAAAGCGAUACGGGGGAAAUUGAGGUUUUUCUGUGUCCUGAAAAUGUUCCACCCUCUAAGCCUAAAUCAGUACCACCCAUGGACCCAUUACUUAGGGAUAUUAAACUCAGUCCAGGACUUUUUGAUAUUACUACUCCGCCAGUGCCUCAGCUAGAUAGUCCUACGUUGCAACAUAAACCUAUUUCAUCACAGAUAUGUAGGAGCCUGUCUUUCUCAAAAGAUUCUUUCGACUUGGGGGCAAGUACAAGUACGAGCCAAGUAGAAAGUUCGCAGCGGUUCGGUUCACAAAACACACUGCCCCAGCGAAAUAUAAGUAACCAGUUGGACUUGUUACACUUAUCACCUCUCAAUAUGGGAUUCUCUACAAGUAGUACGGGCAUGAGUGGGAGCACGUCUAAGAUGGAUAUGCCCCUUAUUCAUGACAGUGAAGGACUGGGCCCAAUGGUUGGGCGAUUUCCUUUCAAUUCACAGACUGAGAACAGUAAUACAGGGAUGAUGGAUCCUUUGUUCUGCAGUGAACCUUUUGUACCUUUGGAACCUCUUAUGCAAUCCGAGUACAACUUCAGUUUAGAUGCUGCUGAAGGAUUGGCAGAUCUCUUUGAUUAUGAUUUCCUUUCUUAAAAUUUUGCUCAUCCAUGUACAAACUAUUAUAACAAAUAUUUACUUAGAUAUCCAUCCUCACUAAUUAUACUUGCAGGGUCCACUUUAUUACUGCACGGAUAUAUAUUAUUAUCCAGUUUUUUGGCAAUACAUAUCACAGUAUAGUUAAUAGAAAUUUGGAGAGGUCCGAACUCUUGUUUUUCCUAGUGUAGGUCAAGUUUUAUCUUUUUUAAACUCUAUUUUAAAGUUUUUAGUUUUUUUUGAUGAUAUAGAGAAGUGACUGAUGGAAUCAUAUGGAGCAUAUGUAUAUAAUUUAUAAUUUUAUUAUAAAAUCACAGUAUUGUUUAAAGUAUAUAAUUUAUAUAUAUUUAUAUCGUUUUUAAAUACAUUUUGUAACGUAUUUCUGUUUAAAUAUAGUGCCGGUUUGCUGUAUUUAAAAUACAUAUUAAAGUGUGAUUUCGCUAUACACUGUACCAAACCGUAUGUGAUUUAAAUUUAUUCACUAAUCGAUGUACUGUUAGUAGUUAGGCAUAUUUUUUAUUAGAAGAUUGAUUGGGCCCUGCUCUUUAAGAACAAAAAUGAAGCAAGAUAUUAACUUCAUCAAGAGUUAUAAAUUUUCUUUCUGAAAAAGAAAAGUGAAGAACUAGAUAGGGAUUGGUUUUGUUAAACGGAGUUAUUGUAUAUUUUUUCUUUUUAGAACAUCUAGCAAUUUUGCGUCUCAUAUCGUUGGCUGUGCACCCUACAGGCACCAAUCUAUCCCUAUCUAAGUAUUACAAUGAAAUGACAAUAAUUUUUUCCUUAUACCAGGAAAUGUUUCAACUUAGAGUGUUGUCAAUUUAGGGGCACAACGAUGUAACGUGGAAAAUGCAUAAUUUUACAUGUUGCACAAAAAUUGUUUCAAGUACACCUCAAAAGAUUUGUGUUGUCAAAUUUUUCGUUUAUUUGUUGUUUUUUUUUUGUUAUAAUUUCUGUUAUAUUUCAAUGUUUAUAAAGGAAGAUAUAAUUGCAGGACAUUUGUGUAUACUUAUGUAGUUCCGAGUACCUCAAAAGUUUGACGAAAAGGUGUCUAGUUGAUUAUAUUUUGUUCCUUAAUAGUGUAAUGUUUUUAUUCAUACCAGGGCGUUCACGUAAUAUAGAAUGUUUAAUUUCUCCCUAAGGGUUACAGUUGCAGGCCUCUGUUUUUCCUUUUUAUAAGUAUGUAAAUAUUGUUAAAAAUUGUAUAUAUAUAACUUUCAUUUCCACAAAUGUGAAAAAUAUAUUCAUUCAGAUUUACCAAUUUUUUAUUGCAAUUUGAAAAUUACUGAGUCGAGAUUUUAACUAUUGGUAACUCUUAAAAUUAAUUACUAAAUUUAAAAAUUUACGAAGGUGUAAAAAUGUAAGAAAUUGUAAAUAUCUACUUUUUUACAUGUAGAAUACGACUUCAUUUAGCCUUUAGUAAAACGAAGUUUGGGAGUUUUUUUUUUAGCAUCGAGCCUUUUACUGAUGCCGUUAGUAGUAACUUAAUAUUAAUUCAAAUAUACCUGAAUUUUUGUACAAAUUCACUUGUUAUGUAAUAUUUGUCUGCUAUUGAGA